AUGGCAGAACUGGAUCCCGAUAUGUACCCGAACCUCAACGAUAUAUGGCCAUCUGAUAAACCAGAUGAAGACGAAGGCGCGCCGAGUACGAAGACAGUGUCCAUUAUACUGCUGUAUCUAGUAGUGUUCAUAAUUGGUGUCACGGGCAAUGUAUUGGUGACAGCGGUGGUGGCAGUAAAUGAACACAUGCGAAGUGUAACCAAUAUGUUCAUUUCACAAAUUGCUCUUGGUGACAUCAUAAUGCUGCUCCUGGCCAUGCCGUUUGACAUCAUUGGUAACUACGUGUAUGAAGAUUGGAGUUUUGGUGCUGCAUUAUGCAAGACGAUCAUGUUUUCUAAAGACUAUGCGUUAGCAGUGUCCAUAAUCACUUUGACAGCAAUGACUAUAGACAGGUUUCUUACAUUAUCCCGUUCAAUGAGGAAAUACAGCAUUCGGACCAUGAAGAAAUUCUUCACAGUAGCAGUUAUCAUUCAAUUGCUCUCAUUAUCUGUUGCAAUCCCAUCGACUGUAUUCAGCGAUGUGUGGCAUAACUUCACCCCGAAUGGACAAUCAAACGACAGCGCCGCCAAUACGUCAACCCGCAUUUGUAAACUGAAUACAAGGUCAUCGAGUUUGCUGUUAAUUUCUUUAUCGCGUGUAUUUCUCUUCUAUGUUUUACCACUUGCAAUUAUCGGUGUUUCGUUUACGAAAAUCAAUGCUUUUCUCAGAUCGACGGAGGCCCAGGUUUUGCUUUCUUCAAAUGAAAAAAUCAUGGCUGCCUGCAAAAGGGCGCUAAAAUUGCUGCUCAUUCUAGUCGGAUUAUAUUCUGCUUUGCUUCUACCAACCGUUAUAGAUACCAUAAUCUCACUUGCUAUCAGCGAUGAAUCGUUAUAUCACAAUAAGUGGUUUUCUCUUUUUGAAUUCCUCGCGGACACGGCAUUGUAUGCGAUCUGUAUUUAUAAACCAGUCGUUUAUUCAAUUAUGAACGCAAAUUUUCGACGCGGGUUUCGUGAGCUGAUUUGUUGUGUGAAGGGCAGCUCUGGAAUAAAUACAUUAGACACCCAUGAUGACACUUCGACUCUUGACACCAAUGAUAUAUGGUUUAACAGUGAUUUUAGCGAAAGCAGUGUACAGUACGAUGUAGGAGAUAGAGUGUAA